CUGGCAUCCAAAUGCUAAUGCUAACCGGUAAUGCUAACAUCUGUCAAUGUUCUUUACAUGUGUGAGUUUUACUGGAAAGGAAAAGGAACGUUUUGGAUGAAAGGAUUUUCCUUAAAAACUACCAGCAGUUGGAUUUAUGAAGGAGUGGACUGAGUGUUAGGGAGCUGUGUUCAUUAACAUUACAGUCAAAAUAUUACACUUCAUCAACUGUCCCAUGACAUGAGGAGGAUCAUAACUAACAUGGUUAAUCAAUUGCUUUUGGGCAAUUCAGCUAGUUUACAUUGUGAGAAGAUGUCUAGUGAAAUAACACCAAUCACUUCCAGAGGGAAGAAACUGGUGGUAGGACUCGGGAACCCUGGUAUGAACGGCACACGGCACAGUGUUGGCAUGGCUGUGGUUGCAGCACUGGCAGAGACUCUGCAAGUGUCUGAUCAGUGGAAACCAGACAGACACGUAUCAGGAGAGGUUAUUGUUACGGCUUUUCAAGACACACAAAUUGUGCUUCUCCGGCCAAAACUGCUCAUGAAUGUCAAUGGCGUGAGUGUGGCGAAGGCAGCAAGUAGAUUUUCUAUUCAACCUGAACACAUUGUCUUGGUACACGAUGAACUUGACAAACCGCUUGGAAAACUUGCCAUCAAACAUGGAGGGAGUGCAAGGGGUCACAACGGUGUCCGGUCCUGUAUCGACUGCCUUCACACCGAUGUUAUGCCACGACUGCGAAUCGGGAUCGGGAGACCCUCAGGAAACACACCCGUGAACAGACAUGUUUUGGGGAGGUUUUCUAAAGAAGAGCAGAACACGUUAAGCUUUGUCAUGGAGCAGAGUGUAGAAGUUUUAUUAAAGCAAAUCACAGAGCAACAACUCCAACCAACUCCAGCAGGGGGCAGUAGAGAAACACAGAAAAGGAAAAAGAGGCCACCUUCGUCAGUAAAGGAGCCUGAGGAAAAAACCACACACAACUUACCUGAACUGCCAAUAAGCUAAUGAUUAUAAACUCAUGACUCUGCUGAUUGUGGAUGUUUGUAUUGUAAAAUUGAAUAAAUGACAGUUCGGUUUUAAGUGGACAUUUGGCAGUGUGAGAGGGAAAACAGUUACUCAACACAUACAGAAAAGUUAAAUCCUAAUACCUGAGAACAAUGUAAUUUACUUUAGGCUACUGUUAAUAAGAGUUAUUAAAAUAUAUAUAAUAGUUGUGUAGAAAUGUUGUGUUAGUUAAACAAGAGGUGCCAAAUUUGUUUUAGGAAUUUGUAUUCAGUAUAGUCCGGUGUCAAGUGAGCUGUAGCAAAAAUAUCAGUAGUUUUACCAAAUUGUAGAUGAUUUGAUAUGCAAUACCACAUGAACUCAUCAGCUCUUCUAAAAUGUAUUCAAUUAUUGAAAUGUAACCCCUGAAUUAGACAUAGUUACAGUGCAGUUUAGCUUGCUGAUGAAGAAUUCUAUAUCGUUAGUUUAGUCAGUAAUGAGUUUGCCAUGACUUUUCACAUCUGUGUUUAUCACAAGUGGAAUUACAGUGAUUGGUCCUUCCUUUAAAAA